AUGGAUGGUAAUGCGCGAUUUACAUCCGUUGAGAGUGAGCAGUCGGGUAGAAAAUGGAGCAUCGUGCUUAGGCUAAUACGAUCAGUGGUGGAGGAGCCAGAGUUCACAGAAGUCAUACAAAACGUAACGGUUCCUGCGGGUCGCAGCGUGCGGCUCGCUUGCUCCGUCAAAAACCUCGGCUCCUAUAAGGUGGCGUGGAUGCACUUUGAACAGUCCGCUAUACUGACUGUGCAUAAUCACGUUAUUACGAGGAACCCACGGGUGAGCGUGACUCACGACAAACACAGGACGUGGUUCCUUCACAUUUCCGACGUGCGGGAGGAGGAUCGCGGUCGCUACAUGUGUCAAAUUAAUACAGUCACAGCCAAAACACAGUUUGGAUAUUUACAUGUUGUUGUGCCGCCGUCCAUCGACGAUUCCUUGAGUUCGAGCGACGUUAUCGUCCGAGAGGGCGCGAACGUCACUCUGACCUGUCGGGCUAAUGGCUCUCCUAAGCCGACCAUCAAGUGGAAACGAGAUGACAACUCAAAAAUCUCCAUCAGCAAAGGCUAUACUGUUUCAGAAUGGGAAGGCGAAGUAUUAGAAAUGGCAAGGAUAUCCAGAUUAGAUAUGGGAGCGUAUUUAUGCAUCGCCAGUAAUGGAGUCCCACCUACAGUCUCAAAGCGAGUCAAAGUUAGCGUAGACUUUCCCCCAAUGUUAUGGAUACCUCAUCAACUCGUCGGUGCACCGCUUUAUUACAAUGUUACGCUAGAAUGCUUUACCGAGGCCCAUCCAACUUCAUUAAAUUAUUGGACUCGAGAUGACGGACAUAUGAUACACGAGAGUCCUAAAUACCACAUGGAAAAUACCGUUGGAUUGCCAGCAUAUAAAACACAUAUGAGGCUACUUAUACGUCAUAUAGUUUCAGAAGAUUACGGCACUUAUAAAUGUGUAGCUAAAAAUCCGAGGGGAGAGUCCGAUGGAACGAUACGCUUAUACACUUCUUCGCCACCUACAACUACACCAGACCCAAGGGCGUUGACACAACCACCGCCAUCUAAGCCACCACGACGGGACACUCCAAGUACAGACAAAGGAACGAAAUAUCAAUCAAACUUGAACGAGAUCGAUAAAGGGAAGCAGAAGCCAGACGAGGGAGGCGUAAAGACGCAUCUUAACUGGGUGGGAGGUGCAUCACAGGUCACAGAUGAAGCCACCGAUAACAGAUAUCAAACCUGGAUUUUAAUUUCAAUUUUUGUUUAUGCAUUACUGUAG